AAACAAAAAAACAAUUGUAGUUCAUAGUUCAAAGUGGGAGGACCGCGGCGCCGAGAAGGCUCGGAUCGUAGGUAUUCUGUAAACAACGUCGCAAUUUUUGUGUAAAUAAAAGAAAGAAGAACGCACAAGACAUUUUUAAAUCUUACUGAUAGCAAGUAGCUUGUAUUUAUACUGGAUAUGGGAGACUAGUUUGGAUUCAAGAUGGAGGACUUGUUAGAACUUCCAGCUGUGUUGACAGUAGCAACACUGGUGGUGUUGAUUAUUGUGUUGUUUGGUUGUGGACGGUGUUUCAGAUUUUUGUUUCCGAAACCAGAUGAACUAGGCAUAGUCCAUCAAGACGAGUCUGGAAUUGAAAAUAAUGACAACUUUGGAGAUUUCAGACCGCCAUCUCAAAAUACACCAUACAACGAUCCGGUAGAUGUUGAGCCCUUGCCGGAUGCUAGUCAUCUACGUUUAGGUCAGCAUGUCUCCAGCUUGUCACCGGCCCAGAGCGGUCCUUCUUUAGCGCAGGAAAAUAUUAAGUUCCUGAAUGACCCCUCAAUGCAGUUCCCACGUACACAGCUUAGUUAUGUUGAUGAGCUGGGAAAUGGCUGGUUUGGAAAGGUUUUGCAAGGUGAAGCGAGAAAAAUACAAGUUGGAAUCAAGAAAACCAAAGUAGUUGUGAAAGAACUCAAAGAUACAGCCACAAGGGAGGAACAGAUAAGGUUCCUCCGAGAAGUCCAGUCGCAUAGAGAAUUGCGCCACCCUAAUAUGCUGAGUUUGCUUGGACAGUGCAUUGAUAGCAUUCCGUUUCUACUAAUCAUGGAGCAUGCACCGUUAGGUGAUCUCAAGAGUUAUUUGAUGAAACACAGGGAAGAAAUGCAGUCGAUGGCCCUCAGAGAUGUUCAAUUGAAGUUGGCUUGUGACUUGGCUAGUGGCCUAACAUUACUGCAUCAAGCUGGAUUUGUGCACAUGGAUUUUGCUGCAAGAAACUGCCUUCUGGCCAGUGUAGAUUCACUUAAAAUUGGAGAUUAUGGGCUAUCACAAGAAAAGUAUAAAGGAGAUUACUACCGUUUACCAUCAACCAACCAGAUAGUACCAAUUCGUUGGCUACCUCCAGAUGGCUUUGAGGUGAAUGGUCCUAUAGUGAAACCUAAAGCUAUUACCAAAGAAAGCAAUGUAUGGUCAUUUGGUGUUGUGCUUUGGGAACUGUCAACAGGAGCGCUUCUGCCAUACAGCAAUUGCAACGAUGAAGAAGUUGUCAGAGAUGUCAUUAUCCAACAACAUACAAAAAUAGAACCACCACAACUACAAGUGAAGUACAUUGGAAGAUGGUGGGAGAUUAUGCAACUUUGUUGGCAGUCUCAUGAAAAGUCUCCCACAAUGCAACAUAUUUUGGAGCUGUUGACUCACCUGAAGUCACAUAAGGACAAAAGUGAUCGUGAAGAGUUUCAAGAGAAGUGGGACUCCCUGAAGAGCUCGGAUUCAGCUGCUUUAAAUGGAUCAGUACUUGCCACUCAUCCUGCAUCUUCAGGACACUCUCAAGACUCCAGUUUAGGGCAACUUCUGCAAACUUCUGAAGGGGUGACAUUAACAUCUGCCAGUGCCACUACCUCAGAUACAGAUGUUGUAGGGAUUAUGAUGCAUCCUGCUCUUACAAAUCCUUUGACAUCAUCCAUAGUCACUGUUGAACAUCAUGCUCCUUUGAUGUCUCCAGGUGUGCAGGCAGCAGUUUCUACUGCCAGUGACUCAUCUUCUACCUUUACUGCCGAGAAUACAACGUUGAUUGAUGUCAAUACUUCAAAUGAACAGAUCCUUCAAACACCAGAAAGCAAUGAUCUUUUAAAUUCUUAUUCUAAUGAUAUUCAAGUAUCAGCAGAUCUGUUGAAGACUCCUCCUAACACCCCAAUUGAAGAAGGUUUCCUUAGUAGGGCAUCAGACUCUGAAAAUCUGCAGAGCAGUGCAGCUGCUCAAAUUUUGAGUGAGGGCUUAGAGACUCUAGAUGCUAGAGCAGGUCAUGUAGGACUUCCACAAUCACCUGAACACAUUGAUUCUCUGGCAACUAUUCAACAGCUUAAUAAUGUAAUGGCAACCAAUUUUACUUCUUUAAGCCCUAUGGUGACAACGGUUAAUGGUGCAACCUCACCAGCUGGUGUAAGUUCACCGGCUGGUGCUGGUGAUGUCAAAGUUCUAGAAAUUAACAUUGGUGAUGAUGGCAGGUUAAUAAAUGGUACUGAAGGCAAACCAGUGAAAGAAGGGGAAGAAAAUGGAAAACUGCUGCAAGAUGAUGCGUCAGAAGUGUUCUUGCAUGAUGGCCGCCCAAGAAAAAGUUCUUUACGAUAUUCAUCCAAUAAGGAUUAUCGUUUAGUUUACCUUGAUGAAUCUUUUGAUACUGAGACAAUAGAAGAUGGUACUACCAAGUCAGUGAAAUUUGAAGAUGACCCUUCACUGACUUCUGUCUACAACUAUCCAACGGAACCUACCUCACCAAUCAACUCCUCUUUCACUGAUGAAUUUUCCAUUGCUGUUGCUUCUACUAUCAAAUAUCCGGAAACGGAGGAGGUCACAGAGACUGCAGUAAGGCCAGAUGGCAUAGAGAUGUUGAAUCCACAAGGAAAAGCAGAUGAAUUGUCAUCAGAAGGUGUGCAAGGAGUAAAGAAAGAUGUAGAUGAUGGGAUGAAGGUAGAGGGAAGUGUGUCAAAUGAACGAUUAUCUGAUAGUGGCGACACUAAUGGUGCUGAUAAUUUAAUGCCUCAGAUGAUUUGAUGGUGUCUGAAAUCUAAAGCCAAUAAAAAGAAGCCUUUUUGCCAAUGAAAAAUUGUCUAAUAUAUUAUGGUAAGCAUUAAACACUCACGGUAAGCAUUAAACAUUGACAUGCCUCACAGUGAUGUCAAAUCAUCUCGAAUUACUCGUUGUGACAGAUCUAAACUUGCUUGUAUAAACCUCUAAACAUUAAAAAUAAUAUAAACUUGAUUAAUAAUAGUACUGAAGAUGAAAAAAUAAUUAAAUUAUAUUCAUUAUUGCAAGAUAAGUUAUGAUAUUUGUGUAAAUGCCAUAGAAUUAAGCUAUGGGGCAUUUUUUGUUACUAUUAUAUUAAUAUUAUUAACAUUGUUUUCUUUAUUGGGGAGAAAUUGGUGAAUGGUAGAGACAGUUCUUAAAAUUGACUGUUUACUUUGUAAAAUGUAAUUACAGAAAUAAUAAUUCAGAAAUGAUAAUAAUUUAUGAAAUAAUAGUAAAAUUUGAGUACAUAAAAAAUGAACUUCUUUAAUAUUAUUAAGAGCAAUUAUAUAAAUAACAAUAAAUUAUAUGGUACACUUAUAAAUAAUUGAUGAAAAGUACUAUGAAUUUUUUUAAAUACAGCCUUCAGUUUCAAUGAAAAAUGUAAUAAUUCUGUUUUUUAUACCUUGAUGAUUUUUGGAGAUGGCUAUUCAAAUUUCUAGACAAAUUCUUGUUAGAUUUACCUUGCAAUGAUUCCCUCCAUGAAACUGUUAAUAGAAUGUUGUUUUUUUGAGUGUCCAUAGAUUAUGUGUCCUAAGUGUUGAUAGAAUGUUCAUUUUCUGAGUUUCAAUAGAAUGAUCCUAUUUUAAGCCUCAUCAGUUUUCUGAGUGUAAAUAUAAUGCUCAUCUAUUGAUUUUCAAUAGAAACAUGUUGAAAAGAUAAUGAACCUUUUAACCCACCAAUUUUUAACCUUUGUCACUAGUGGCAUUUUUUUUAUAUUGUAUGAAAAAUUAUAUAAAAUACUACCAUUAUUUCUGUGUGUAAAUUAUAUUUAAUUUUUUUCCAGUCUGCUUUUAUAUUAAAAUUAUUAUUAGGUUGAUUAUUAUGACUUAACCUUGAGUGGCACUUUGCAUACUAUGAAAAGCAUGAAGACUGCUUUCAAACUUGUGCUGAAGCCAGACCUGAUUCAAGCCUAGAGUGAAUUUCAUGUCUGGUGUGAACAUGUUGAUUGUCUGCUCCAAGUCUUUUAAUCUCAGUUGACUUCUGCCAUCGGAAACCUUGAAGCCGGACUACGGCAGGAGAAUACCCAAAAUUGUAUUAUUUUUUUCGCUAGCUCUGUGAUUGGUUACUUUUUGACAAGCGGUAGAAAUAUGUCGAUCUGUCCUUUAUAUAUUAUUUGGUUUUAUCUUAUCGUAAUAUUAUAUGUAUUGUGGUUGGUAAAGGGUUUACAGAUUAGCUAGGGGUUUUAUUUUUUGUUAUUGAUGUGUAAUUUGGUAUAUAAAAUAAAAUGUAUAUUUUGGAUAAAUUGGUGUGAUUGUAUCGGUCAGAAAACAUGAUUAGGUAGUGGGUUAUCAUAAGUAGUGUAGAUAUCUCUUAUUUUUAUCUUUUAUAAUGUUUUAUGUAUUGUAUUUUGAUAACACAUGUUGAUAUAAACUGAUGUAUUAUAUUGAAAUUUGAUUUGAAAUAUUUUCACCCAGUCAUCAAAUUCUCCCAUGAAAACAAAAAAUGUUGCCAUUUCAGCACAUUCUCUGGGCAAUACUAAUCUUGAGGUUUGCUGCACUGUACAUAGAGUUAAAUAAUUUUGUUUUCGUGUAAAGGAAUAUUUUUUUGCCAAUUCAUAAUAGAAUUAUGAAAGAAUGGUUAAAAAAAAAAAUUAGGAGCUCAAGCUAUAGGUGCAGAUCUAUAGAAAUAUCUGGGUAGGGGACAUGGGACAUGCAGGUAUGAGGGGUGGUGUUUGGGAUUUUGUUUAGAAAUGCUUGAACAUAUACACUAGUACAUGGAGUUCUUAUCAAAAAUUAUUAAUACUGUACCAUACUCUACUUCUGCAAAUGUCCCUUUCACAGACUCAAAAACUCACAAACUUUUGAGUUCUACAUCUGUAGAAUUGAGCCCUCUUGGAUUUCACUUGUCUGCCAUAUGACGUUACUAGUUGUUAGCUAAGCAGGGUUAAAACCAGGGAUUUCCCCUUACUUAGCCAAACCUUGGCCUAGAUAUAUUUUAGGUCUAUUAUGAGAUAAUUAUUUGUACUAAUGAAUACAACAUAUGAUGAAGUAUGAAAGCAAAGAGUAAUUGUGGGAGUUGAGGUGGUUGAAUAUUUUGGUAGUGAUAUACUGUAUGUUCUAAUUGAAGUUUGAUAAUUCUGAAAAAAAAAAAAAAAUUGCCAGUGUCAGUAAAACAUUGCAAUGAAUUUAUUAAAAAUAAUCUGCUUAAUACCAUGUUCACUGCUGUGGGGAAGGGUGGGGAUUUAAUGAAUUCUAUUGUGAUAGAGAUAUCUGCCUCCACCCUGCCAACUUAAUCUAUAGUAAACUUGGCCCCAAAGCAGUGAAUUCACUGUUUCACUUCUUAGUAAAUUUGGUCUGUGACACAAGUAUCUUGAGGGACAUUAUGUGCAGAAAAAAAAUAUAUGAAAGGUUGGUUCAACUUGAUAGAACUUGAUGCUUUGACCCAUCAUUUUAAAGCUUACAAUGUGGAGAAUAAGAAUAUACUGUAUUAAAAUAUCAAUUUUUAUUUUUCCACCAAUGCUGGUUUUGGGAUAGCAAACCUCAUAUAGAAUAGUUUUGUUGGUAGCUUAAAUACAGUAUAGAAUAUGUAUAAUAAUUUCUAUUAAACUUGGUAUGUUUCAACCGUUGAUAAACUGUAGAGGGUGUCCUACAGCAUUAUUUAGUAUCAAAAAACUUGAUAAAAAAUUAAUUACUUGAUCAGUGCUUUCAUUUAUGAAAUAUCCUACUCGGAAUGUUAUUUAUGAUAAUUAAUUUGAUGUGUUAUAUUAUCAAAUAUUGAUAUAAUCAGAAGAUGCAAUAGUGUGAAAAGAUAUAUAUUCAUAGGAAAUAAAAAAAAAGGAUAUUA